GUGUGCGGUCCCGGCGAUGACAAUAUAGGCCAACGCCUCGCUGCAGCUACAUACAGGGAAUGAAAACGCUCCCAAGAUGGUCCGCAUCGCCAAGGCCCUGGGUUUGGUUAUUCUGUGCGUCGCUGUGCUCAUACUGUCGCUCAUCAGCUAUGUGUCCCUGAGGAAAGACAGCCUCUUCAGCUCCUCUAAAUAUUACAUGGGAGGUCCGAGGAUUAUGUUUCAUGCAGGAUUUCGGUCUCAGUUUGCCAUGAAUUUCCUGGACCCCUCCUUCAUCCCAUUAACUAAUGCCCUGAAUGAGGAGCUCCAAGGAAAACCGUCCAAAUGGAAGUUCAACAAGACUGCUUUUUAUCAGCAGAGGAAAGAUAUCUUCAACUAUAUCGACAUUCCCACCAACUUCUCCCUCACAAAGAACAGUGUGCGUGUUGGCCAGUUGAUGCACUUUGACUACUCCAGCCACAAGUAUGUCUUCUCCAUCAGCAACAACUUUAAAUCCCUGCUCCCAGACACCUCUCCUAUCCACAACAAGCAUUACAGCAUAUGCUCUGUGGUGGGCAACAGCGGCAUCCUGACUGGCAGCCACUGUGGCCCAGAAAUCGACCAGGCUGACUUUGUCUUCCGCUGCAACUUUGCCCCCACGGAAGUCUACUCCAAAGACGUCGGCAGGAAGACCAACCUGACCACCUUUAACCCCAGCAUCCUGGAGAGGUACUACAAUAACCUCCUGACGAUUCAAGACAGGAAUAAUUUCUUCCUCAACCUGAAGAAGCUGGAGGGAGCCAUCCUGUGGAUCCCGGCUUUCUUCCUCCAUACCUCAGCAACAGUAACCAGGACCCUGGUAGACUUCUUUGUGGAGCACAAGGGCCAGCUGAAGGUGGAACUGGCCUGGCCAGGAAACAUCAUGCACGAUGUCAACAAAUACUGGAAGACUAAAAACCUUUCCCCUAAGCGUCUCAGCACUGGAAUCCUCAUGUACACGCUGGCCUCCGCCAUGUGCGACGAGAUCCAUCUCUAUGGCUUCUGGCCCUUCGGCUGGGACCCCAAUACGGGCAAGGAUCUGCCUUACCACUACUACGACAAGAAAGGGACCAAAUUCACCACCAAGUGGCAGGAGACCCACCAGCUACCCAGCGAGUUCAAGCUGCUCUACAAGCUGCACAGGGAAGGCGUGAUUAAACUCAGCCUGACGCACUGCUCUUAGACGUCCAAUGAGUGCUGGUUGGUUUAAGCGGUGACUCCAGAGACCGUGUCCCAGAUACAUCAGCUCAGCUCAAACUUCUGUUGUGACCCAGAAUGCAUGAUAAGUGUUAAGGCAAUUUAUGACAACCUCCCUCUACAAACACACACUCACAUCACGCUGUAGUUUCACAUUUUGAAGAUGUCAGGCUCACUCCGGAUGUAGAUCUCAGACUUGUCACAGCAUUGUUGCUCAUUCGGUAUUUUGUUGUCUUCAGUACUACAGUUAGGACUUUUAAGCUGCUCAUUUGCUUUCAUUACUCUCCUCUGCAUGGCUGCUGGCCGUGGUUAAACAGCUUGAACAGAACAAACGUCUAUUUUAACUGGAGUCCGCUGGGGAUUCAGCUGUGGAAACACAAACAGUUAAACCUUCCAGUUCUGUUUAACACAGUAUCGAUUGAUUAAUCGCCUUUUACAACAGUAUACUGAUUCUGUACACUGAAAUCACUGCCUAAUCUCAGGGAAGGAGUUAGAUCAGUGUUUUUUUGUAAUCAGAUUCAAUGCCUCAAGAGAGGUGUGGUUCCUGUUUUCAGGCCUUUUUUCCCCCACGAGGUGUCAGACAAUCUGCACUGCUCUGGAAGAUAAGAUGGUAUUUGUUUACAAGACUGUACUAUAUAUAUAUUCUAGAUACAUGCACACACACACACACACACAUAAAUAUAUAUAUAAAAACUUGUGUGUAUGUUAUUCUCUGUAGACAAUGUGACAAAUUGUGUUGAGGUUCUUCAAACAUCAACAUUCCAACA